AUGACUCGUGAACAAAUACACGAGCAAGCAACGUUCGUCAACAGCUUCUGGGGGAACUCGAAGGAGUCUGGGUUCCGGGUAGUGCAGACCAAGAUCCACCAUGGGCUUGCCACCAUGAAGGAGUUGAUGGACUUUUAUCAGGAGAGAAUAGUCAUUGAGAAGGAGUACACCAAGAAACUUGAGCAAUUGAACAAAAAGACCACCUUGGGGUCACACGAGACCGGGACCCUCAAGGUGUCCUUGGACAAGCUUUCACAUGAGAACGAGGAGAUGUGCAAGUUCAACACCAAGUUUGCCAAGACUGUAGCUCAUACAAACUUUGAAAAAUUGUCAACUUUCUAUGCUUCGUAUUCGAAAAGUACGUCCAAAAUUGAACAUCACAUGUCCAAAUUGGUACUGAGAAGAGCAGACGCUUACAAGAACUAUGAGACGUACAAGACGAAAUACCGGGACGAAUGUGCUCUUAUCAAGUCUCUCCAGUUGCAAUGCCAGGCCACCUGGGGUGGUAAAGAAAUGGAUAAGAUUGAGUUCAAACUCACAAAGUUGCGUAACAGUAACGUCAACACUCGUUCGAGCUACAUCCAAGCGGUUGCCACCUUGAGAGACGUUGACGAAUCGUAUGUGAGGGAUUGGGCCGCCAUCUUGAGAGAUAUUUAUUUGCUUGAAGCAGAAAGAAUCCAGGUUUGUAAGGUCAAUUGUUUCACAUAUUGUAACAAUAUAGCCACUCUUUGUGUCGAACAUGACCAUGCAGUGGACCUUUCCCGUACCGUAUUCGCACAAGUGAAUGCCAAUGAAGAUUUACAACAAUUUGGAGAAGCUUAUGGUACUGGGAACAAGAUCCAUAAUCCUCCAGAGUUUGUAGAGUUUAUGAAUGGUCAUGAAGAGAAACCUGAGGGGAAGGAUUAUGUUAUAGCUGAUUUUGGAAUCCCUGAAAUCACCAGAUCUCAAUCUAUUCAUUCUCUGAUGCAGCCACAACAACUGCCACAGCAAGUACCUCAACAAAAUCUGCCACAACAUAGUAUCCCACAUGCUUCACCACAAAAUAGUAUUCCUCAUGCUUCACCGGCUCAACACGUGCCCCUGCCCCAACAAAUUCCAUCGGAUGUAACAUUGACUCUGCCUCUGGGUCAACUGAGAAAGUCUGUCUCUUCACAAGGAACUACUGUACAACAUCGUCCAGAGAAUGGGGCCCAUGACUUUUCCAUCAAUAACAAUAACCUCAAAAGAACUUCAUUCCCAACUACAGGCACCAUGCUAGACAAGGUUAGUCUCCCACCACCUACAUCGUCGUAUGGAACUUCUUCGCAAUACGACACACUUGGAGUCCCCAAGACUCCAUCACCAACCAGAAAGGCACCAAAAUCUUCAUCCAAUUACAGUUCUUCAGAAGGUGGCGAUGUUUUCUCCUUGAAUGAUCCAACCAACCCCAAAUUUGGCGCCAGUAAUGGGUCAUCAAAUUACUCACAACCGACAAACUAUACGUCUUCGUCUGUGUAUUCCACCACCAGUUCCGAUAGGAAUUGGGCCACCCCACGUAGAAAGGAACAACAGCAAAUGAAACAAGUUCAAGAUCGAAUUAAUCGGAAUUCCAAAGAACUUCCUCAUUUCCCCACAAGCAUGGGAAUGAAUGAACUAGACAUGGAACCACCAGCGCAGAAACAUAUUCCUAUUCAAAAGGAUUUCUCCAUUGAUUUCAUUGCCAAGGCACUCGAAGAUUUGAAUUCAGGUGGUAAUGGGGACAUCAACCAAUAUAGAAGAUCGGUGAGAAGAGCCAAGGAAAGAGAACAACAACAACAGUACCAAUAUUCACAGACGGCGCCCUCGACUCCAUACGAAAGCCGUAGACCAAACUCCGACUAUGUGGAUGACCACGAUGAAGUUGCCACGAGAUAUGGGUCUAUCAACUUCAAGUCGCCUUCCACACAGGCAUUUGCACCCAGCAAGAGUGGCACGGUGAAGAAGAAGAGACCACAAUCGAUGUAUGAGUCCAGUAACAACCAAUAUGGAGAUGAUGUAUAUUCUACCAAGAGUGCUGCUACAAGCAACCAUAUGCCAAGACGUAGUCUUCUGAAGACGCCAUCCAAGUCGUACACGAACUUGCACUCGUUCAUUCAAGACUCUCCACUGAAGCUGGCACCACCUGUGGAUGAUAACGGAUACACACCUUCUGGACAGCCAUAUGUGAGUAAAGUGAAGGCCAUGUACUCAUACAAGCCACAACAUCACGGAGAGCUUGGCUUCAAAAAGAAUACAUACAUGUAUGUUCUUCACAAGCAAGAAGACAAUUGGUAUGUGUGUGAAUUAGCUCACGAGCCUGGUGCUGGAACAGUAGGUCUUGUUCCUGGGAACUACGUUAAGGAUGAUUACAGUUUUUAA